AUGCAACGAAAAUGCACUCCGGGUCAAUUAAUACACACUCAGUUGGAUAAUAAAAGUUUCCACAAAUGUGGUUUUGUUCAGCUUCAUUUAAGUCUGAAAUCACUGGUUAGACCCAUCACAGACUCUCAAAACAGUUUACUUGAUGAUUUUUGUUUUCCUUCCAUAGUGCGUCGACUGUCUAUUGAUACAGCCCGACAGGGAUACAAGAUUCAAUGUGAAACCGUUCGUUUCAUAGUGGCAUUGAGCGUCGUACAUUACGUUACCAUUCGAUUGAAUUGCGGGACUGCAGUUAGUUUGGAAAUGUCGGCUGCAGUACAUAUUGGUGAACUUUCAUUUUUAAAGAUGGUUUUACAUGCUGCCAAGCAUCCAGAGAGUUCCGUCAAUGGUAUUCUUUUAAGUGAUCAAAAUCAUGAUUCACAAAUAAUCAUUACUGACUAUAUUCCACUAUUUCACAGUGUCAUAAAUUUGACACCAAUGCUGGAAACAGCUUUGUAUCAUAUAGACUCAUAUUGUGCAGCUAAAGGUCUUCAAAUAUGUGGUUAUUUCCAAGCAAAUGAACACAUUAAUUGCAAUACUCCAACAAGUAUUGCAUGCAAAAUUGGUGAGAAAUUAGCUGAAAAAUGUGGUAAUGUUUGUUUAUUGACUUUUAAAAAUGAUGCUUUGCAUCGGUUAACUGGAAACUAUUUUACAGUAUUUUGUAAAUCAGAUUGGAAGUGGAAUGAUACAAAGUACACAUUUAAUCCAAAUGUUAAUAAAAAAUUAAAAGAAAUUCUACAUUUAAAAGUUCAUCGUCAAAUUGUUGAUUUUGAUGAUCAUUUGAAUGAUGUUAAUUGUGAUUUUCUUAAUUUACAAUUAUCGAAAUUAUUAUGUGUAUAAAUUGAUUCUUUCUUUUUUUUCUAUGUAAAAUUUUCUAAUUUUUAAUUUUCUUCCCAAACAACAAUAAUAUCUAGCUGAUAUCUUUUUCUUAAUUGUUAAUAAAGUUUUAAAUAUUUACUAAGUAAUAUUUCAAUGAAAUAAUAAUGUAUAGCUAGAUAUUA